ACCAAUUGCUGAAUCGAAGAGACGUAUCCGUCCCUAUUUAUUAUACUAUUUUCUGUCCAGGCACGGUCGUCUCUCUGUCGCAGAAUUUCUGUCCUCGAAUAAGGAACAAGGGAUCGGAAACUACCAGCCACAAUGUCGAAGGAGGCCCCACGUGAACCCGAGCAGCUCCGCAAGCUGUUCAUCGGAGGUCUGAGUUUCGAAACCACGGAUGAGAGUUUGCGAGCACACUUCGAACAAUGGGGAUCUCUUACAGAUUGUGUGGUAAUGAGAGAUCCAGCCAACAAGCGCUCCAGGGGGUUUGGAUUUGUCACCUAUGCUGGUGUGAAUGAGGUUGACGCCGCCAUGGAAGCACGUCCCCACAAGGUUGAUGGUAGGCUUGUAGAGCCAAAGAGGGCGGUGUCCAGAGAGGACUCCAGCCGACCAGGUGCUCACGUCACAGUGAAAAAAAUAUUUGUUGGGGGUAUCAAGGAAGACACAGAAGACUCCCACCUGCGAGACUACUUUGAGCAGUUUGGCAAGAUUGAAGUAAUUGACAUUAUGACUGACCGCAACAGUGGCAAGAAGAGGGGCUUCGCCUUUGUCACGUUUGAUGACCAUGAUGCAGUGGACAGGAUUGUUAUUCAGAAGUACCACACACUGAACGGUCACAAUUGCGAAGUGAGGAAAGCGUUGUCCAGACAGGAGAUGCAGACUACAGGAAUGGGUAUGAGGGGUGGCCGUGGUGGUGGUGGUGGCGGCGGCGGUGGCAACUAUGGCAGAGGUGGGGGAUACGGAGGUGAUGCUGACUCGUCUGUUUCAGGAGGCAGAGGGGGUGGAUAUGGAGGUGGAGAUGGUGGUUACAACAAUGGUUAUGGGGGAGGCGAUGGUGGCUAUGGAGGAGGGCCCGGGGGUUAUGGUGGUGGUAACCGUGGCUAUGGUGGAGGACAAGGAGGUUAUGGCGGAGGACAGGGUGGUGGCUACGGUGGAGGAAAUGGUUAUAACGACUAUAACAAUGGCAACGGCGGAAACUUUGGCGGCGGUAAGUCCAUGGCUUCACCACAAGAGGCAGCACCAGUUGCUGGUAACUUUGGCGGUGGUGGCGGCAAUGGUGGCGGAAAUGGCUACAAUGACUUUGGCAGCUACAACAACCAGGCUUCCAACUACGGCCCGAUGAAGGGUAACAACUUUGGUGGUGGCAGCGGCGGGGGUGGCAGCAGCGGCGGCAGCGGCGGGGGUGGCAGCGGCGGGGGUAGUGGCGGUGGCAGGAACAGUGGCCCAUAUGGUGGUGGUUAUGGAGGUAGCUCAGGUGGGGGUGGCGGCGGUGGUGGAUAUGGCGGGGGCUCCGGUGGACGACGAUUCUAAGUGUUCAGAAGGACUCAGUACUUAGGAGAGGAGAGCGAGACAAGUGACAGGGCAGCUGCAGGUUUACAACCUAGAUCUGCUCAGCCAAACAGAUGUGGCAGGUUACAUCUGCUACAAGAAGAGAUGUGUACAAUAGAGAAAUCAUGGAGGGGCUUCAUUCGUUUUUCUGUGUUGUCAAACAGGAUUAUUUGAUGUUUCUGGAAAGCAAGCAUUCCAAUGAGGUUUUAUGUAGUUUUUCUUUGAGUCGUUUUUAUUUUUGUGUAACUGCAACCAAUCAAGUUGAAAUAAACCACCUUUCAGUUUUUUUUAAACUGUC